AUGGGACAUAGAAAAUUCUUGCCCUGGAGACAUUAUUUUAGAACUUGGAAAAAUGCAUUCAAUGGUGAACAAGAGUUUGGUUUGGCUCCAGUUCCUUUGACUGGGAAUCAAGUACUUAAUAAAGUAUCUGUAAUUCAGUUUAAGGUGGGAAAGCCUAUUGUUUGUCCAAUUAAGAAGAAGAAGGGUCGUGGAAAGAGUGUUGGCAAGGAUAAGACUGAAGUUAGUUUGACUAGUGCGGAUGAGUCUACAAGUCCUUGGAAGAAAAAAUCAAUUUUCUUUGAGCUUGAAUAUUGGGAAAAGUUACUUUUGCGACAUAAUUUAGAUGUCAUGCACAUUGAAAAAAAUGUGUGUGGUAGUCUAAUAGGAACUUUGUUAAAUAUUCCAAGUAAAAGUAAGGACGGUAUUAAAGCUCGGAAAGACUUGGCUGCAUUGGGCUUGCGAAAAAACCUACAUCCAAAAGCUAGCCCUAAUAGAACAUUUUUACCGGCAGCUUGUUACACACUCACUAAGGAUGAGAAAAAAGAACUUUGCAAUUGUAUAUACAAUAUUAAAGUUCCAGAAGGGUAUUCUUCAAACAUAAGAACGUUGGUGGAUAUGAAGAAUUUGAAUUUGGUCGGCAUGAAAUCUCAUAAUUGUCAUGUCCUAUUCCAACACAUUCUACCUGUGGCUAUUCGUGGUGUGCUACCUAGAAAGGUUCGAGAAAUAAUCACACGGAUGUGUUUGUUUUUCAAGUAUUUAUGUUGUAAGACGAUUGACGUUUCAACGUUAGACAAUUUACAAGUGGAGAUUGCUAUAAUCUUGUGUUACUUAGAGGGAUUCUUCCCACCUUCUUUUUUUGACAUAAUGGUGCAUCUUACAGUCCAUUUGGUUAGAGAGAUUAAACUAUGCGGACCUGUUUAUUUAAGAUGGAUGUAUCUCUUUGAGCGAUACAUGAAGAUUCUUAAGAGUUAUGUUAGAAAUAGAAGUAGACCCGAAGGAUGUAUUGUUGAAUGCUAUAUUGUAGAAGAAGCCAUUGAAUUUUGUUCAGAAUACUUGUAUGGUGUGACAAGCGUGGGCGAUCAAUCUACAUUAAAUAAAAGUAAUGGUGGUUAUGGUGGAAAAGGUGGUGUUAUAUGCUCAAUAACUCAAGAUGAAAGACAUGAAGCACACUGUCUUGUAUUGCAAAACAUUGAUGAGAUUCAACCUUACAUCGAUUCAAAGGACAAAAAUCCUGUAGAGUGUGAUAUGACAUUUUAUGGAGUAAUCCAAGAAAUUUGGGAAUUAGAUUAUACUACAACUAGAGUGCCGGUCUUCUUAUGUGAUUGGGUGAAAAGUGACAAGGGAGUAAAGGUUGAUGAUUUAGGUUUUACUUCAGUUGAUUUAAAUCGAAUUGGGCACAAAAAUGAUCGUUUCAUAAUGGCAACACAAGCCAAACUAGUUUUUUAUGUGAAUGAUCCAUCAGACAAGCAAUGGUCAGUCGUGGUUCCUACUCAACCGAUAGAUUGGAGAGACAAAGAGAAUGAUGUAGAUGACUUACCACUCCUUCAACAACCUGUCACAAUUCCCGAACCACAGCUUACCGAAUACCCUAUUGAUGAUGGUGUAAAUGACGAUGAUAUUUGUUUGCGUUUUGAUGGUGACGGUGUAUGGGUUGAUCAUAUACUGUGA